UUGCAUUAUGGGAUAUGUUGUGACUGGAAGUGAAAUAUUCUAAAAGUGAAAAUGGUCUAAGAAUACCUUAAUUCUAAAGAAGUCUUAUAUAACAUCUAGUUGCUUGUUUUGUGUUUUCAGUACUCCAAAAUGCCGGCAACAAAGAAGGAUGUAUACAUUGCCAAAACCAUUGGUGAACUCAAUAAACUGGCAGAAUUACCAGCAAAGAUGUCUACGUCUAAUUCGAAAAUCUUAGUAAAGACCGCAGAUAAGAUGCUAAAGGAGGCUGAGACAGGGGACAUGUUAGGAGAUGAAGAGAGAGCCUAUGUCCUUUACAUGAAAUACUUUAAUGUCGUCACAUUUCUUAAAAAAACGCCAGAGUAUAAAAAACAAAAGCAAUAUUAUGAUAGUUUGUUAGGACAAAAGAAUCUAUUAAAGUCCAUUGACAAGGCAGAAGAACUAGCAGAAAGCCUAAAGGAGAGGUAUGAAGAAAUAGAGGCCAAAUUAAUAGCUGAGAAGUUGUCCCCCUUAGACUCUAGUCCCCCAAUCAAUGGAAAAGUCGACAGUCCUAGAGGAAAGGUAGAAACUGAUGGUGAACAAAAAAAAGAGGAAAAGGAAAAAGAAGUAAAAGAUGAACCAGUGACACCAAAGACCAUCCAAGGUCAGAUAACUCCUACAUCCCUCUACACCUUACUACAAGAACCAGAUAUACAGCUAAUUAUAAUGGAUGUCAGAUCAGACAAGGACUUCAAAGAAUCACAUAUCAACCAGAAAUGUUGUAUAAAUAUACCUGUAGAGAUUGUUCCUCCAGGGACAACUGUUAAUCACAUUGCAAAAUCUUUACCAGAAGAUUCCAAAUCACCAUGGCAACAGAGAGGCAAUUUAGACCAUAUUAUUUUAUUGGACUGGAGUUCCAAAUUAGAAGACUGUAAUAUUGGGACUACAGUCAGAACACUAAAAGAUGCAUUAUAUAAAUAUGAUUCAACAGUGAUAAUUAAGAGUGAACCAUUGGUGUUAGACGGAGGCUAUGACCAGUGGUUGUUGUAUUACCCACAGUUAACAACCAAUUCUAAUAUCUCAAGGCCAAAAACAGAUCUUAUGUCCCCUAUACCAUCAUUGGAUUUUGAUUACCCUGAUUUUGAUGAAGCCUUCAUCACGACACCUACUCCUGACAGAGCCAAUCAGAAUCAACUUAAUGGAAUAGUUAACCAAUCACAACCAAGUUCACUAAUUAAUGACCCUUCAGGUCAGAGACCACAGUUUCCAAGAAUAGACAGAUCGACCAAACCCAAACCAUUACAAUCAAGUGUUUCUACAAAUCUUACCAAUCAAACUGACUUUGAAAAACUAAAUGAAUUGAAACCUAGAGUUACUUCCCUUUAUCCUGAUACAAGUUCAAUAUCUAGUACAAAAAUAAUCAGAAAAGAGUCUGGGAAUGAAGUACAGAGUUUGUCUAGAGAACUAGAACGUGAACGAGAAGAACUCAACAGGAUUAGAAAGGAAAAAGAAGAAGAAAUUGCAAAGUAUCAGUUGGAUAAAGAGAGAAAUAUUAAGGAACAACAGGCAAGGAUCGAGCGAUUAAAAGAUGAAGAAGAAAAACUAAGAUUGAUAGAACAGAAAAAAUCAGAACAAACUAGAGAUCUGGCGGAUCUUAUGAGAAAGAAGAGAGGGUUACAGGAAGAGAUGAAAGGCUCUGGAGGAGAAAAUAUCAGAAAUCAAGAAUUGAGGACAAUAGAGAAUGAGAGGGUGAAAAGACAAGAUGAGGUAGACAAACUUAGACAGGAGAGAAAGAAAAAAGAGGAAGAAAGAAGAAUAUUGGAGGAAGGAAAGGAGAAAGAAGAACUUGAGAGAGCAAGAGCAAGGGCAAGAUUAGAAGAGGAAAAGAAAGAUUUUGAAUUAAAGCUGGCAGAAGAAACAGCCAGACGGCUACAGGAGGAGGAAGACUCUAUGGGCAUAGAACUUCAUGAACUCAAACAAAGAGAACUGAAAACAAAGAUAGAAGAACUGAGAAAACUGAGACUGGAAGAAGAAAAAAGUCUAAAGGAAACACAGAGCAGAGAAGAAUCUCUGAAAAGACUAGAAGAAAAUAGAAAGUUAAAGGAAAAAGAAGAUGCUAUAAAAAGACAAGAGGAAGAUAGGCUUGCUAUUGAAAGACAAGAAAAGGAGGCUCAUGAGAGAAAGACAAAAGAACAUAAAGAUAGAAAACUGAGAGAAGAAGAAACUGAAAGGAGAAGACUGGCGAAAAUAGCAGAGGAAGCAGCAAAAGUAGAGCAGACAAGAAUGGAGGCUGAGCUACGUGCCAAGAAUGAACUGGCAAAGCGAGAAGCUGAGGAAAGGGUAAGGGAGGAACAGGCAAAGAGAGAGGCAGAACAAAAGGCAAGGGAUGACCAGGCAAGAAAGAUUGCAGAGGACAAAGCAAAGAAAGAAGCAGAAGAGAAGGCAAGAGCAGAUCAGGCAAGGAGAGAGGCUGAGGAAAAACUCAAACUAAUCCAAGGUGAAAGUCCGAAGAUAAAAACAAUACCAUCACCUAACUUACCCACAGGCUGGGAGAAACGAUUAGAUGGUCCAACUCAUAGAUAUUACUAUAUAAAUCACAACAGAGGAACAACACAAUGGGAACCUCCACAGACAAAAAUCAAAUUACCAGCUGAUGGCAAGUACACAACAAAAUUGAAAGAUGAACCUACUACAACAAAGAGAGGCCUGUCACGGUCUAACUCAUCACCAAACAUCGCUAAAAUGAUGGAGGAGGAAGACAAAGUACCACCACUAAAACCCAGUAUAGAUAGAUCUAAUAAACCAGCACAAAGACAGUUGAUUCCAGAGGCGAACAGACCAUCACCUCAGAAACAAGCAGCAAGGAUCAGGAACUUAAACCCGGUGUAUGGCAAUGUGGGACGAGCCUUGACGGGAUUGAGAAAUCUUGGUAACACAUGUUACAUGAAUUCUACAAUACAGUGCCUAAAUAACUGCUCCCCAUUGGUGACCUACUUCCUGACAGAAAGUUACCUGUAUGAUAUAAAUAGAGAGAGUGAACUUGGUAGCCAUGGAGAAGUUGCCGAUGAUUUUGCUGUUAUUGUUAAAAAUCUUUGGACAGGACAAUAUAAAUGUAUAACUCCCAGAGACUUCAAGGUGACUGUAGGAAAACACCAGCCUAUGUUUGCAGGCAAUGACCAGCAGGAUUCACAGGAGUUCCUAACGUUUCUGUUAGACGCCUUGCAUGAAGGACUUAAUAAGGUUAAAAUACGACCAAAAAUUCCAGAACAAGAUAAUGACAAUUUACCUGAUCAUGUGAAUGCUGAGUUGUCAUGGAAACAUCAUCGUAUGUUACAUGAAUCCAUUAUUGUUGAACUGUUUCAGGGACAGUUAAAGUCCACCUUGAUGUGUCUGACAUGUAGAAAACAGUCUGUUACAUUUCAAGCCUUUAUGUACCUGUCACUACCGAUCCCAUCAGGAUCAAGAUGCACACUUAACGAUUGUCUGAGGCAGUUUCUCAAAGAAGAGAGGAUGACAGGUAGUUCCAGAUGGCGAUGUCCUCGAUGCAAAGUAGAUAGAGACUCUGUAAAGAAGAUUGAUAUCUGGAAAUUACCCAGAAUUCUUCUGAUUGGACUCAACAGGUUUGUAUAUGAAGGGCAGUGGCGACAGAAAAUAAGUUCUUAUGUGGACUUUCCUGUUCAAAAUCUUAAUUUAGAUUCAGUUGUACAAUCACCAACAUCAACAAAGAGCAAGUACAAUCUGUAUGGUAUAUCUAAUCACUAUGGUACUAUGGACGGGGGACACUAUACUGCUUUCUGUAGGAAUCCCUGUACCAAACGGUGGUAUAAAUAUGAUGAUGAGCAAGUGUAUGAUAUGUCAGAAUCUGAUGUUAAGAGUUCAGCAGCGUUUGUUCUUUACUACACAUCAAUAGACCUGCUACCACCAGAUUUUAGGAAGAACUUUUAACCAAGACAAUAGUUUGAUGUAAAACAUGUGAUCUACUCAAUGAGGGUUGUGUUCUACUAAUCUUUUCAGAGGCAUUUAUACUAAAACGUUUUAGGCUUAUUUCCACAAAUUUGAACCAAACUGUUAAAUAUUCCUUUCUUGCAAAUGUUUGAUAAUAAAAAUUUAUUUUUUUUAAAUUCAAAUUAUACUGUCAAAAUCAAUACUUCUUUAAAGGCCUGAAAUCAAAGCUCUGUAAAGGACUGAAAUCAUAGCUCUGUAAAGCAAUGAAAAAAGAACAGCAAUAACUGCUUCUUGACUGGUAUAGUGAUUGAGAUAACAAUUAUCUUUCGAUUCAAGUAUAAAGAACUAGUUUUUCAUGAAUUAGACGUUAUGUUUUGACAUGAUUUCUAUAUAAUUAACCACGUCAUAUAUAAGUAUGGCAUUUAUUGCAUAAGCUGUGAUUGUUUUUAUGUAAAUUAUUUUUUAACCUGUAAACAUUCAACAAAUAUCAAUAUUGUUAUAAUUUAUGCUACAUAUGUAUUUAUUUUGUAUUUGCUUCAUAUAUUUUUUAUUUUAGACAGAGGUAAACAACUAUCAUACAUUGAAAUGUAAAAUGUUUGUAUCAUGUGAUCUUGGCACUGUAUCAUGUGAUCUUGGCACAGCUGUUUAUUUUGUAUAUAUAAAAUAGACAUAAAUAUGGCAAGCCGUUUUACUAUUUAUUCUAACUUCAAGAUAUCUAAUAAACUUUAUAAGAUAUCUCAUAUAAUUUAUUAGAUAUCUUAUAUAGUUUAAAAGAUAUCUUAUAUAAUUUUAUUAUAUGAGAUAUCAUAUAAACUAUAUGAGAUAUCUUAUAAACUAUAUAAGAUACCUUAUAAACUAUAUAAGAUAUCUUAUAUAAAAAAUAUUUAUAAGAUAUCUAAUAAACUUUAUUAGAUAUCUUACUUACUUUAUAAGAUAUAUUAUAAAGUAUAUAAGAUAAAGUUUAUAAGAUAUCUUAUAAAAACUAGAUUAUAAAAGAUAUCUUAUAUAUUAUAUGAGAUAUCUUGAAGUUAGAAUAAAUAGUAAAACAGCUUGCCAUACAUAAAACUAUAAAACACCCUCAUUAGCACAACCAUGUCCAAUAAUGGAACUUCUACCUACUACACAAUCCCCUCUCCCCUUCUCCUUUUCAUUUAAAAAUGGCUGCCCAGAAAUAAACUUUAGACAUAAAGAGCCUACCAGUAGAUUGAUUGAUUGAUAAAUGCCACUUUCAGCACUCUUGAUUAUAUCAUGACUGCCAGUUUUUAUUGGUGAAGAACCACCGACCCUGGACAGAUAAAUUGACAAUCCUAGGCAAUAAAGACCAGAAGCUAACGUACAUUGUUUGAUGUUGAAAGGCUAGAGAUCAAUGUACACUUCUUAGACCACUCAGCGACCAAGGUCCUUCCACCAAUGGAAUUAUCAUUAGAGAUUUAACUGACAUUUUUAAACUGCUUUGCAGCUUGAAAAACAUUUUUACUAAAUUGGAAUCAUACUGGUGGUUGCAUCAUAUCUUGUAGUUAAUAUGAGCCACUGUGCUUUGCGGGAUCGACAUCCCUAUCUUCAAGCAAACGGAUUCUAUGGAGGCCUUCACUUUAGAAGAACAUUUGUCAAAUCAGUUCUUAAGCAUUCAAUUUCAUAUGAUUAUCAGAUGCAUUUAUUUUGAAUGUUCCACUGAAAUACUUAAUGUGUUGAAGGCUUGGAAUGUUACUAAUCAUAGAGUUUGUAGGUCACAAGAUGUAUAUAUGUAUAGAGAUCAAGAAUAUGAUAGGUAAGCUGGUUUCUGAAGGUAAAUACUCCCAUCCACCCCCUUAUUCUUAAAUAUAUAUAUAUAGAUAUUAAUGUAUAAUUUGUUAAUUUUUGUUAAUUUGUUAAGUUUUAUGCAGAUUUAUUGUUGUUUUGUACAGAUUGUAUUCAUCCCCUGUGUUACUAUUUAUAGACAGAAUUCAUCCCCUAUUAUAUACUAUUUAUAGAAUUUGUAUAUUUAUAAUCACUUAAUUUACAAGCAAUGUUCAAAUUAAAUAGCCAGUAGUAGAUUUUGUUUGGUUUGGAAUGUUUUUGGAUAUAAAAGCAAUCCUUUGGAUAAUAACGUCAUAUAUAUACUUAUGUUAUAUGUCUAUGCUUAAUAGAGAUGUUUGAUUUUAAUAAGUGUGUUUGGAAUUAAGUAAUUAUUGGAUAAAAUUUUAUGAAUUUCAUGUGUCUGAAGCGCUUUUCUAGAUUUACUCUCAUCAUCUCAUAUUCUCAACAUUCAAAGCAGAAUAUUUUAAAGUGAUGGAUGUAUAAGAACUGAAACAGUUAAAGAGCUAUACGACCAAAAAUUACCUAAAUAAAAGCCAAAUCUAUCUAAGGCUAAGUGCUUUUUGGAGUACGGUAUGCUAUAAAUGGGAUAUAAUUAGCAGUUUGUAUCCAUGGAAACUUCAAGCAUAAAUUAUGUCAGUCUUAGAUGUCUUGGGAAUUCUGAACACACUUUUACAAAAUAAAAAGAACAUCCUUAUAAUGUGAAGCCACUCUUAAUAUUUGUUUGGCCUAUUUGAUAUCAAUGGCUUUGUUUAGAAUUUUUGUAAUAUUGCUUGUUAUGUUGUGUAAUAAAUGAUUUAAGUUGCAAUUGACAAAGCACUCACUGCUCAUUAAUAUUUCUUGAACUGAUCUGAUUGGUUGAUUUAAAUUAAACCAUAUGAUUGCUAUUCUUUUUCAUUUUGAUAUUUUUUUUGGUUUGAAAGACCAACUGUUACAUUUAUUGAAUUUUAUUGGUUGAUGGCAUAUCAAAUGACCAAAAGAUAUUGAAUUUCAUUGGUUGGUCAUUUGUGUGUUUUGUUGUCAAAUCAUCAUGUAAUGAAGAUGUAUUUAUUUAAUGAAAAUUAAAAAAAACCUACUAUUUUUUA